GGGGCGUGGGGCAAAAUAACGGUGGUACUUAAAUCGCAACUUCUAAUAUGCUGUAUGAAUUCAGUAUAUGACAGAGCAUAUACAUAUGCAGAUACCUGUUGUUGCAUCAUUUAAAGAGGGACUAAAGCAAUUUAACUCAAGUGCUUACCGUGGCAUGGUGCUAGAGAGAGCAGACAUUGCCAGCGAGGUGGGCUGUUGCAGCGCUUGGCAUAGUGGGCAUAUGAUAUUGCCCUUAAACAUGCAAUGUGUUUUGUUUUAGGAACUGCAACUGAUUUGUCUUUUAUAUGGUGUGGUAUGUAGACCUGGUCGAAAGAUCUGCAUCAGUGGCGUUAUGAAAUUACUCUUUCUUGCCUGCCUAAGUCCAAAAACGGGGAACUGCACCACAGCUGAGAGGAUAAGGGCUCACGUUGAAUCUGCAGGCCACACUUGUGUGCUUCGAGAUGCAUCAGAAUUCAAAUCUUCUGCUGAGGUGGCCAAGUUGGUCACUCAGAAACCUCCCUUCGAUGGUGCACUGGCCAUACAUCUGUACAAAGCAGGGAGGCUGCUCUUGGAUGUCCCCGUGCCCUUUGGUGUUGUCUUUGGAGGAACAGAUAUCAAUGAGGAUGUGAAAGUGGAGCACAAGCUCGUGGUUAUGAAGCAGGUGCUGCUGAAAGCCAGGUUUGCUGUCGCCUUCACUGCCAAGAUGAAACAAAUGGCGUAUGUAGUCCUGCGUUCCCCGAGCAGCAAGAUCUACGUUCAGCCCCAAGGCAUUAGGACUGAGGCCACGGAGAAAUUCUCCUGGGGUGAAUUCUUGAAGAGCUCAGGUUUGAGCGGCGCCCGUGCGGAGCAGCAUCGCGUCUUCCUGUUGGUCUGUGGACUGAGGAGGGUGAAGGACCCUCUCUACCUGGCGGAGGUGUUCACAGAAUGGCACCGUGAGGAUCCUCUCAAUGUCCUGGUUAUAAUCGGACCAGAGAUUGAUUCUGCGCUCACAGAGGAGGUGGAGGCCGUUGCUCAAAGGCGGGCCGGGGUCUUCCUGGCCCAGGGGAGGAGCCAGCGGGAACUGCAUGCGGUGGUGCGGAGGUGCUUCGCCGUGGUCAACAGCUCCAUCUCGGAGGGCAUGUCGGCGGCCAUCUUGGAGUGCAUGCUCACGUGCCAGAUCCUUCUCUGUCUACUUGGGUGUGUUCAAUUUAUCCAAAUGAAGGGCUUGCCUCCGAACUUUCCCUCCCUCUCAGUGAGUGAACUCAUAAUCCAGCUAAUCUCUUUUAAAACUGUAGAUUAGGACAAUCCACAGAGGGCUUACACUCUGUUUAAGAAGUUUCACUCAACAGCCUGCUGGGGAGAUUGGAACUAAAAGAGACGCAUAAUUCCCAGAGAGCGAGCCAAGUCACCGCCGGGCUGAGAAGCCUGGCUGCACAUCUGCUCGGGCUUAAUCAGGCCUCGUUCCCAUCAAGGUAGCGCCCCGAAAGUAUUUACGAGGAGGUGACUAGCCUUGAUUAACUAUUCGUCAAGCGCUGAAUGAAUAGCCUGGGAACAGUAAUAGCAGGGCGAGAAUUAAAAAAUGCUGCCUCUAUAUUUAAUCAAUGUCCGAUCCACAUCAAUCCUACACCAAUGUUUGGCCCUUUUCUGAUGAUAUGCUGCAUAGGGAUAGAUUUUAUCGCCUGCAUUCCUUCUAAUUUCUUAGCGAGCAUCUGACAUCAUGCAGAAUGAGAAUUAUUCAGAUCAGGUUCAGGUCCAAUUUCAUGCGUGAGCUUAGAUCCAACACGUAUUUGACCCCUGUCCGUGCGACCGUACGAACCUUCAGAAAGAAAUCCGAAGCGAGCAUGGACUCCUUCGAUGUGAACCUCUGAGCCGCGUGUCUCCCUUCCCC